AUGGGUCUGGCGUUCACGAAGAUAUGGCAGCGCAUGAUCGGAAAGCAGGAGAUGCGCAUUUUGAUGGUCGGCUUAGAUGCGGCCGGUAAGACAACCAUCCUCUACAAGCUGAAGUUGGGCGAAGUGGUCACCACGAUUCCAACCAUCGGCUUCAACGUGGAGACUGUGGAGUACAAGAACCUGUCGUUCACGGUGUGGGACGUCGGAGGCCAGGACAAGAUUCGCCCUCUGUGGCGCCACUACUAUCAGGGCACAAACGGCCUGAUCUACGUCGUUGACAGCAACGACCGGGAUCGCAUCGAAGACGCCCGCGAGGAGCUCAACAAGAUGCUGAACGAAGACGAGAUGCGCGAUGCAGUCGUCCUGGUCUUUGCAAACAAGCAGGACCUGCCGAAUGCAAUGACUGCGGCCGAAGUUACCGAGAAGCUCGGACUGCACAACCUGCGCCAUCGUCAAUGGUUCAUCCAGUCCGCCUGCGCCACCACCGGAGACGGUCUGUACGAGGGUCUGGACUGGCUCUCCCGCACGUUGUCCUCAAAGCGAUAA